UAGAGAAGCAGAUUCGAGGAAGAGGAGGGGAAAAAUUUCACGCAUGAAAUAUACAAUAUGCGUCAUUCUUGAUGAUCAUUUUUAGCACGAGAACGUGAGAUUACGGCAAAUAGUAAGGAUUCUAUCAAGAAGGAAGAUUGGUAUUUUGUCAAAAACGCGAGGAAGGGAAUACCAGAUGAUUCGCGCGGCCGUUUAGAGAGACAAAGAGAGUGAGAGUGAGAAUAAUGAGAUAUGCGCUUAGGAAUAAUUGAGGAGAUGCGUAGGGGCGCGAUAGAAGGAUAGAGAGAAACACCUGUUGGCUAGCUGUCAACCGAGUCGGCCCACCUGUCAAACGCGAUGGCCCACCUGUUCAAGAACCUCAGCAACAGUAUUUGGCAUGCGUUUCACGCACUGCAGGCCGAUGAUGUCAACACAGUGGCAAAGUCGAAGUUGAAGGUGUUGACAGCCAAUAUCGGUACAUUGAUGGAUUUAUAUGGUGUGGAGAAAGGUCUAGAACAUUAUCGGAGUACACUGAGCUUGACAUUUGAUCAGUAUAUGUAUUAUUUACAGAAAGAGGUAUUUUCUUCUGUAACUGAUGCUACCUCUAUACACACAUUGAAAAGACUGGAAGAAGGAAUAGAUGAAAUCUGUUGGCUGGUCUGUAAAAAGAACUAUCUGGAAAGAUCCCAUCCAGUCUUUGAAAACCAUAGUGUUUAUCAAUUAUUUAGAAUUUACUGUUUGCUAGCUGAGACAGAUCCAAAUGCAACAGAUUUUCAUCUGGUAACAAUGCAUGGUGACGAGGUAGCACGAAUUGCAUCUCAUCUGGCAAUGUCCUUGGGUUUACAAUGGGAUUCUAUGGACUUUUCUGCUCUAUCAGCAGCUAUCAGAAUGUUUAAGUUUUCCACAUUCCUGGCGGUUCUUGAAUCUAAAUAUAGUGGUGGCAAUACCUUGGACACUGUGGCAUUAACAGAAGCUAUUGAUGAUCUAUACCAAAUUUAUGUGGAAAAUGUAGUGAAAAAGGGUUAUUUGAUGAAAAAAGGUUUUCUACUGCCAACACUGCGAUACUUUUGGUUUGUACUGCGCCCUGGUGAAUUAACAUAUUAUAAGGAUCCACACCAAAAAGAACCAUCUGGGUUAAUAUUAUUGAAUGCUAACUGUUGGGCUGACUCUGUGGCAAACAAUGGAAAGCCUGAUAGAAGAUUCGUUCUCAGCACACCUGAACACAGAUGUAUAGAGCUAAUGGCAGAGGAUCACAAAGGUAGGCUGCAAUGGCUUGCAGCAUUGCAAACGGCCAUUCAGCAUUCGGGCGAAAAAAUCGGCUAUCAGAGGAGUUUGGCUAAUCAAAGAAGAUCUUUGCGACAAGCUACUAAACAAGAAAAAGAAGAAACCAAACUGGAACUUCAGCAUGAGAGACAAGCUAGAAUCGCUGCUGAAAUACAAGCUCGAAAAUUAGAAGCUUUGUCAAAAGAGGAAAGUGCCAAAGUUCAACAAUUGGAAGAUGUUAAACAGAAACUAGAACUGUUGCUACAAGAAGAAAAACAAGCUCUACGUGAUGAAGAAAUAGUACGAAAUUUGCAAGCAAGGGUACUACGUGAAGAAUGGGAAAAAAGAGAACAAUUAGAAAAACUGCAACAGGAACAGCAAGAAUUAUUGGAGAUGGAGAAGAUGAAAAGACAGGAAUUUGAACAAAGUCAGCAGAAAAACGAGCAGCAAUUACAUGAUGCCGAAUUACGACUUCAACAACUGGAAAUGGAAAGGGAGCAUUUGGAUGCUGAGUUACGUGUUGCACGCGAAAAAGUGAAACGCGCUGAAGAGGCUCAAAUUCUACUGGAAACGGAAAUUGUGACACGUCCUUUAAGAGGAAACGAAAGGAUCAGACGUACACAAAGCUUCAUACCAACGACGAAUGAACGACCACUUUCUAUGGAAAAUAUCGAUAACAGGGCUAUGACAUUGCAAAAAAAUAUUUGACACGCAUUUCGUCAUUGAGAGCUUAAAAAAUCAAUGCAUUUAUAUUAUCUGACUUGCAUUUAAGUCUUCCACCAAAUAGAAUAAUACAAAGAGCUUAUACACAGAAAAAAUGUUCUCUUAGAAUUUACCCUGAAUUCAUGGUAAUCAUGGUGAGACAAUAUG